CCGCGCUGCAUGGAAUAACCGCAGCAGCCCGCUCGGAUCAGGACAAUCCGGCGAACCCCCGCUCCCCCCGCCCCGGGUCGGAAAGCGGAGGCAGAGCGGUCUCAUGGUACCAAGUGAGGUGUCCUUCUUGUGAGAUCCAGUCCCCGGAACCCCCCGAGAAAAAUGUCAGGAAUGCAGGCGGUCUGGCCCUCUGGCACAGAAUGUAUUGCCAAGUACAACUUUCAUGGCACGGCUGAUCAGGAUCUCCCCUUCAGCAAAGGAGACGUUCUCACCAUCAUCUCUGUCACCAAGGACCCCAACUGGUACAAAGCAAAAAAUAAAGUGGGCCGGGAGGGUAUCAUCCCGGCCAACUAUGUUCAGAAACGAGAAGGGGUGAAAGCCGGAAUCAAACUUAGCCUCAUGCCCUGGUUUCACGGGAAGAUCACGCGUGAGCAAGCUGAGCGGCUGCUGUACCCGCCGGAGACGGGUCUCUUCCUCGUGCGCGAGAGCACCAACUACCCGGGGGAUUACACCCUCUGCGUCAGCUGUGAAGGCAAGGUGGAACAUUACCGCAUCAUCUACUCCUCCAGCAAGCUGAGCAUUGACGAAGAGGUCUACUUUGAAAACCUCAUGCAACUCGUGGAGCACUACACCUCGGACGCUGACGGGCUUUGCACUCGACUCAUGAAGCCGAAAGUCAUGGAGGGCACUGUGGCAGCGCAAGACGAAUUCUCACGGAGCGGAUGGUCCCUCAACAUGAAAGACUUGAAGCUGCUACAGAUCAUUGGGAAGGGAGAGUUUGGAGAUGUGAUGCUGGGUGAUUACCAUGGGAACAAGGUUGCUGUGAAGUGCAUCAAAAAUGACGCUACAGCGCAAGCCUUCUUGGCUGAAGCUUCGGUGAUGACACAGCUCCGGCACAGCAAUUUGGUCCAGAUGUUGGGUGUGAUCGUGGAGGAGAAAGGGGGUCUCUACAUAGUCACAGAAUAUAUGGCAAAGGGAAGCUUGGUUGAUUACCUUCGUUCCCGAGGAAGAUCUGUGCUGGGAGGUGACUGCUUGCUGAAAUUCUCCUUAGAUGUCUGCGAAGCCAUGGCGUACCUGGAAGCCAACAACUUUGUUCAUCGAGACUUGGCAGCAAGGAAUGUGUUGGUCUCGGAGGACAAUAUUGCUAAAGUCAGUGACUUUGGGCUGACAAAGGAAGCUUCUUCCACCCAGGACACAGGCAAGCUCCCGGUGAAAUGGACAGCACCAGAAGCACUUAGAGAAAAGAAAUUUUCUACCAAAUCAGACGUAUGGAGCUUCGGGAUUCUUCUCUGGGAAAUCUAUUCCUUUGGGCGAGUGCCUUAUCCAAGAAUUCCUCUGAAGGACGUGGUUCCUCGUGUGGAAAAGGGGUACAAGAUGGAUGCUCCCGACGGUUGCCCCCAGAUUGUCUACGAGGUGAUGAAAAAAUGCUGGACUUUGGAUCCCACCCACCGACCGUCCUUCCACCAACUACGGGAACAGCUAGAGCAUAUCAAAACCAGUGAGCUCUACCUGUGAAGUCGACAGGAGGGCGGGGCUUCUUCCGGACACGCCCUCGCCUCCAUCUCCCCUGUGCACAGACCUCAGGGGGUGGGGCGGGGCUGGGCUGGGCGAGGCCCGGAGCGAAGCCGAUUUUUGUUCAGGAACCCAAAUUUCUCCACUCAAGGGACUGUACUUAGAGAAACGUAUUGGACAUUGGACAUACCCACACAUGCCCAGUGGGUGGGUGGGGAAUGUAGUUUCUUUCUCCCAAGGAAGACUUGUAUCUUUCUCAGCCGAACCGCCGGAAGAUGCACAAGUGCGAACAAACCCGCCGGCGCUCAGCCUCCCUCCUUGCCCCUUAAAAAUCCGCUUCACCGGGAGGGAGAAUCGUACAAUAUUUUAGUGGCAUGUUCUCCAACGUUUUUGGCUUCCUCUUCCUUCUCAUGGGACCCCCUUCCUUUACCUCCCCCUGCCUCCUCCUUCCCACCCUUUUCAGCUUCCCUCUGGAACCCAACGUGCAUUUUCUGGCCUCGUAGGGAGAAAGAAGAAGGGCGCACCAGGCCAAAACAGUGGUAGGACAGAGAGCAAAGGCGCAAGCUUUCUUGGGGAAAGGAAGCGACUUUCUUAACUUUCUCAAAACACCCACGAGUGCUGGAAUCCACAGUCCACAGUCCAGCGUCCUCUUCCUUCUAAAUAUGCUUUUUUAAAAAAAAAAAAACAAUAAUAAUAAUAAUUGGGUUUUGUUUCCUUUUUUUUUUUAGUUUUCAGGGUUUUUUUUAACUAUUAUUAUUUCAAACUGCACCAGAAAUCAGCUGUUUGGCUGGGUUUUACUCAAGUUACAGAUCUUAUUUUUAAUGUAAUGAAUAAAAUGGGUUUUUUUAAAAAAAAAAGAAGAAAAAAUGAAACAUCUGCAUGCCCAGGGAACCGUGCCAACCUGACCCAGGUCUUGACCAACCAAGGCAGAGGUUGUCCUCAAAAAUGCAGAGCCACCCAGAAGCGUGGGUGGCUGCUUUUCUCUAGUUCUUGCUUAAAACAGUGUUUGCAUGCUGCCUCCAGAACCCCUUUCCAGUCAUGUCUCUAUGCUCAUAUUAUGCUGCCAACUGUGAGAUUAAACUGUAUUAAAGGAAAAGAAAACCAUUCCA